AUGUAUCACGCCUAUGGGACGUAUCAGCCGAAGAAGCCGGCGUGGAAGGUGGACAAACGGCCACGAUGGCCAAGGAGAGGCAGUCGGCCGGUUCUGAUUUUGCUCGCCGCCCUGAUCGCGGCCACGGUUCUGCUGGCCUGGAAUUGUGAAUCCGUCGACCAUAGACGGAGCCAAACGUACAAGACAAGCCUGCAAAGGAGCGAGGGCGGCAAGGUUCCGCCCGAUCAAACACCUUCAAGUCUCGAGGUCGUCCUGGAGGAGAAACCGUCAGGGGGAGAUACUCCAUCACUCGGAGACUCUUUGUGGCUUCACAACCACAUGGCGUCGAUAAAGGAGAACCACGUUGAGCAUGGGCGAGGGAGAGAUUCUCAGCAAGGUCCCGUUCGUCACGACGAGGAAGAGGAAGAGGAAGCUUCGGCGCCUUUGGAGCAAGACGAAGCACCGUCCCGCAACAGCAAGAAGCACCCGGUCGUGUCAGACCCGAUUAAGGACGAAGUGACGAAGGACAAAGUCCCAGUAGCGGCAGCUGCACAAGAUCCCUUGGAAGGCGAAGUGGAAACGGCACCCGCUCCUCCACGAGAACCCCCCGUGGAGGAGUUGGUGGAAGACGAGUCCAAUGAGUCCGAACAGCACCUGUCUCUCGAACAGCAGGCCGAGUCACUGCCCGAGUUCGUGUGGGUGCCAUUUCACGAAGCAGUCAAGAAUGAAGUGCUCCAAGGCUGGGAGGACGAAUGGGUCAGCUCGGGGACCUUUGACGAGCAGAAAUGGGGGAAACUGGAGGAACCCCGGGUGGACUUUGCCUAUCUCUGGGUCAAUGGAUCGGAAGAAGACUUCCAGCGCACCAUCAGGGUAUGGGAAGAGCGGUCCGUCCUGAACGACCCAGACGGCAAAUGGAUCAGCUCCCACGGCGUGAACCGGUACCGCGACUGGGACGAGCUGCGUUAUUCCUUCCGCAGCAUCGAGAAGAACGCCGGGAACUUCACCAACACGGUCAAAGUCCUGGUCAAUUCCAUCUAUCAGGACGGCGUGCCGGUGCGGAAACAGACGCCCUCGUGGCUGGCCGUGGCUGAUCCGGAGGUGGCUCGUUUCGUCCAGGUCGUGCCUCAAGAGGAUAUGUUCGAAGCGGACAAGGCCGUGUGCUUGCCCACGUUCAACUCGUUAACCAUCGAGAAUCAGAUAUUCAAUACCCAGUCGGACGUGGAUCAAUUCGUCGCCUUGUCGGACGACAUGCUGCUGACCCGCGAGCAUUCUGCCGCCGACGUCUACUCGCCCUUGUUUGGGUCGGUGCUCAGCUUCAAAACCAACGGGUAUAGCACGACAUCCCCCCCAACCGAGGUCGACGCGCGUCGCUUUGGGGAAAAGCCCUACUUGAUCUACACGUCGUGGCUCUUGAACCGGCGCUUUGGCACGCGUAAACGCAAAGGCCAGAGUCAUUUCGGUCACUCGUUGUCACGCAGCAUCAUGCGCGAGGCCAUCGAGGCGUUCCCGCGGCCCGAAAUCCAAAGUGCAUGCAAGCGUUUCCGCGGCGAGCCCGGGUUCCAGCUGUAUUCCUGGUAUGCGACGUACCACUAUUUGAUCGAGCGCCACAGGGAAGUGCUGCUGUGGAGCUAUAUCAUGCUGCGCAGCGAUGUCGACCGGAACGGCGUCCUAUCCUGGAGCGAACGGCAGACCAUCCUCGGAGACCUGGCGGCCGGAGCGCAGAACGCACGUCGAGUCUCCUUUCGCCGCAAGAUCUUUUACCAUGUGCCCUUCAUGUUGGAGAAGGCCGGCCUCCGCGCACCGCAGGUCAACACAAACAGCCUGUGGACGUCGCUGGACGGUCCGCUGGCCAUCCGCGAUGCCGACUGUGCCGAGUUCGACCUGGACGAGUGUCUCGCGCCGGGCUUUGGCAUUGGCCCCGACACGUCGGAGUCGAUAGGCUCAUCGUCGCGGAAUCCGGCCUUUAGCUCCGCCGCGGUCUUUGAUCGCCUGGCCCGUCAGAUCCCCCGCUGUGGCGAUUGCCUAGUGAAGCGCCUCCUGCAGCAGACUUCAUCCGGCCUGGGCCCGUUGCUGCCACAUGCUGAAACCGAAUCCCAGCGGCAAGAUCGUGAGCUCGUGGUCAAGGCUGUCAUGCGCUAUAAAUACGUCGUGGUCGACCCCUCUGACACCCUGUUCGUCAUGGUCACCGAUGCAGAUCAGAUCGAUAGCACUCUUUACCGACCCUUCGUCCACAACCACAAGCAGCUGCCGGGCCAACUGUGUCUGAACGACGAUGUGGCCACCACCGACGAGCACGAGUUGAGAGAUGUCCAAACCGCAAUGAGGGAGUUGCUCCAAGCCUUGUUCCCGGAGAAAAGCAGAGCUGAGUUGCCUUUGUAG